CAUUUAUUCAGGAAGUGAAACCCUCCUCUCUUCAUUCUUCCCUAAACCCCUAAAACGGUAAAACCCUCACUCUGCAAGCCGCAAAAACCCUAACAAUGGCGGAACUAAAACUCUCAGAAAGCAAAGACCUAACCCGAAUAGAACGAAUCGGAGCCCACUCACACAUCCGAGGCUUGGGCCUGGACUCCUCCUUAGAACCCCGUUUAGUCUCUGAAGGUCUCGUGGGCCAACUCCCGGCCCGUAAAGCCGCCGGCGUAAUCCUCCACAUGAUCAAAGACGGCAAAAUCGCGGGCCGAGGAGUCCUAAUCGCGGGCCAACCCGGCACCGGAAAAACCGCAAUUGCAAUGGGCCUGGCGAAAUCAUUGGGCCACGGAACCCCAUUUGCAAUGUUAUCCGGGUCAGAAAUAUUCUCCCUUGAGAUGUCGAAAACGGAAGCCCUAAUGCAGGCGUUUCGGCGUGCAAUUGGGGUUAGAAUAAAGGAAGAGGCGGAGGUGAUUGAGGGAGAGGUUGUGGAGGUCCAAGUUGAUCGCCCUGCUGUUGCUGGGGCGGCAUCGAAGACGGGGAAAUUGACAUUGAAGACAACUGAUAUGGAGACUGUUUAUGAUUUGGGGACUAAGAUGAUUGAGUCUCUUAGUAAAGAGAAGGUGCAGAGUGGGGAUGUUAUUGCUAUUGAUAAGGCUUCUGGCAAGAUUACUAAGCUCGGGAGAUCGUUUUCGAGGUCUAGGGAUUAUGAUGCUAUGGGACCUCAUACUAAGUUUGUGCAAUGUCCUGAUGGGGAGUUGCAAAAGAGGAAGGAGGUUGUGCAUUGUGUUACUCUUCAUGAAAUUGAUGUUAUUAAUAGCAGAACACAGGGAUUCCUAGCACUCUUCACUGGCGAUACUGGUGAAAUACGCGCUGAAGUGAGGGAACAAAUUGACACGAAAGUAGCCGAGUGGAGGGAAGAAGGGAAGGCUGAGAUUGUCCCAGGGGUCCUGUUCAUUGAUGAGGUGCACAUGUUGGACGUUGAGUGUUUUUCUUUCUUAAAUCGUGCCUUAGAGAACGAGAUGGCACCAAUAUUAGUAGUUGCAACUAACAGAGGGCAUACAAGGAUCAGAGGGACCAAUUACAAAUCUCCACAUGGCAUCCCGAUUGAUUUGCUUGAUCGACUGCUCAUCAUCGCCACGCAACCCUACUCGGAAGAGGAGAUUCGCAAGAUCUUGGACAUCAGAUGCCAAGAAGAGGAUGUGGAAAUGUCCGAAGAGGCGAAAGUUCUGUUGACAAAGAUUGCAGUUGAAACAUCACUAAGGUAUUCCAUUAACUUGAUAAACUCCUCUGCUUUGGCAUGCCUAAAACGCAAGGGGAAGUGUGUUGAGAUGGAGGAUGUAAGCAGAGUCUAUCAGCUGUUUUUGGAUGUAAAGAGGUCGACACAGUAUUUGAUGGAGUAUCAGAACCAAUAUAUGUUCAAUGAGGUCCCGGGAGGAGAGACGCAUGAAGACCAAAACAGUGAGAUGAUCUCUUGAUAAUAUUAUGUUUUAAACUUUAAAUUGAAAUGAAAGUUUGAUGUUGACCAAUCACCCUUCUGGUUCAUUCUGAAUUAUGUUAUGAUCCUCACUGAAUUAUGUAAUCAUCUUGUGUAGCAACUAUUUCUGACUUGCUGCAGGCAGAGGUAGACUCUGAAUGAUUAAUGAAGGGCCUAUGUUAGAUUGUUCAAUGGGCCUAAAUUUGAUUAUAGUA